AUGUCUGCUCCGCGCUCGAUUCGAUGCCAUUUCGGGCGCCCCGCCUCGGAGAUCGUGAUUCCCCCUCCAUCCUCCCUCCCCAAGCACCAGUCGCCCAAGCGCCAGGCCAACGGCGGAUCCGCAUCUGCCGACGAAGCGGAGGGCGAGAUUCAAGUCUCGACGACUAUUGAGCCAGUGCGCAAGAAGCAGAAGCGCGAUCCCUCCCUCGAUGCCGACGCGAAACUUGCGGCCGAACUCCAAGCCCAAGAAAAUAGGCUAGCCAGGGCCCGUCAGACCCGCGGUGGUGGAACAGCCACCCGCGUCGUCAAGAAGAAGCCAGCGCCCAAGAAGAAGAGCGAUAAGAAGGUCCGCGCCUCAGACGAGAGCGAUGUCGACGGUAGCGACGGAUCUAGCGCCCCAAAACGCAAGGCUGGAGGGGGCUUCCAGAAGCCCUUCAACCUUAGCUCGACCCUUGCCGACUUGUGCGGCGAGACACAGCUCUCCCGUCCCCAGGUCGUCAAGAAGCUCUGGGAGCACAUCAAGGCCAAUGAUUUGCAGGAUCCCAAGGACAAGCGCCAGAUCAUCUGCGAUGAAAAAAUGACGGCCGUCUUCAAGCAAGCCAAGGUCGACAUGUUCCAGAUGAACAAGCAUAUCGGAAACCACCUAUACCCCGUAGAAGAGGAGUGA